AUGUUUAGACGAAAUCUAAUUUUCUUACUUUGUCAAUUAGCGCUGACGAUUGUUAAUGCUGCGAAUAAUCAAAAUAAUUGUUGGUCCUCAUCAACAAUCUAUCGAAUUGCAUCUUUCAAUGAUGUGAACACGAAUUCUAUCACCCAAAACGUAAAUUAUACUGAAGUUGAACUUGUGAAUGAAUGUCAUCUGUCAUUUGUGCAAAAACUUACCAACAAGACUUGUUUGACAUCAACACGAUCAUCUCGAAAACCACCGCCUUUAGCACAUAGUACAUUCUUGACAUUUAACGCGAAAGUAUUCUCCCCAUGUUUUUGUUUUUUGAAAUUUGCAGGGUAUGGUUAUGGAUUUUUAGCUGUUUUUAUCAUCAGUGUUCUUUCGUUAGCUGGUUUUCUUGCAUUUCCACUAAUGAAAAAACCGUAUUAUAAAUAUUUCAAUGCUUUCUUCACUGCUCUUGCUGUCGGUACACUUUUCUCAGAUGCCGCAUUCGAAUUGCUCCCUGUUAUUAUUCAAAGUGAUCGAAAAUCAUCACAUUUGCAUGAACAUGGCCUGGCAAGAUCUGAACAACAUGGCAGCGAAAUACGCAUCUCGCCUUUUCUCUGGCAGAUGGCCGCCGUUGUACUUACUGCAUACGUCUUCUACAUCAUCGAGCUUAUCAUUCAUGCAUUUAUGCUCCAUCGACAUCAGCAUAAAGAAACUGAAUUCGAUCUCGGUAAUAAAGAAUCAUCGCUGUCUGAACCCAGUGUCCUUCCAAACAAGACGUUGACACAUUCGGUGCGUAAUAAUUCUGUGAUUUCUACGAAUACAGUACCUAACCUGACUGUUGUACCUGGCGAACGGCAAACGAAAAGCACUGGCUGGAUGAUAAUUAUUGGUGAUGGCAUUCAUAACGUCGCCGAUGGUCUAGCCAUUGGAGCAGCGUUUGCUGAAAAUACUAUUUUUGGAGUGACAACAGCUGUGGCAAUUGCUUGUCAUGAGUUGCCGACAGAGCUCGGUGAAUACAUGGUUUUGAUUGAAUCAGGCUUUACGUUUCGUCGUGCACUUUUGUUCAAUUUUAUCUCGGCUUGUACGGCAAUUAUUGGCUUUUUUAUUGGGGCCAGUGUUGCUCAAGAUGAAUCCGCUCGUGUAUGGAUAUUUGCUAUCACUGCUGGCACAUUCGCUUAUAUUGCUCUAGUUGAUUUAUGGCCUACAUUAAUGCCCGAAACCGAUCGGUUCGAUUGGAUACGAUUUACUUGUGUGACUUGUGGCUAUUUAUCAGGUGUUCUCAUCAUGUUUAUUUUAUCAAUGUUCGAAGAACGAAUUGUUCAAUCGAAUGUAGAAUAG